UCGGAAGUAUAACAACGCUAAGCAGCAGCACGUCGGGAUUUUCUUUGCAGUUUAUGGCUUAUGUGUGCGAUUUUCUUGCUCAUUUUCUUAUAUGCGUUACAUUUUAAAUCCUUAAAUCUAAAUUAUUAAAAUAGUCAUAAAUUAAAGAUGGUACUCUUGAUCUGCGUCUUGCCAUUUAUUACUGUUUACACCUUAUCCAAAAGUAUAUUGUAAUUAUAAGAAUGGUGUGAAAUUGUGUAUGCUCUUGAGGAAAAAGGUUAUACAUUUCUGCCGCUGAUAUGUCCGUCAGAAAAGAAGUAUUCCAGUCCAAGGUCCUGCAAAGACUGUAUCCUGCUGCCCAGGAGCGGAGCAUACUUGCACCUGUGCCACCUGUAAAAAGACCUCAGUCAAUCCCACACAAGAAGUCAGGUAAUGAGAAGAGUACAGCUGUACAAGGUAAAAAGCUCUACACUGUUCUUCCUCCUCCUGAGGGCUACCUCAUUAAUAGUGAGGAGGAUUUGGUCACACCAUCCAAUCCAGAUCCCACUGACUCAGAGGACAGCCCAGCCGAUGCUGAUGACCAUGAGUUAUGUAAGAAGAGGAAAAGGAGGAGAAAGAAAAAAGUGUUACCCAAUACCACAGAGGAAGUACCCACCCCUGCAGCAGAGGGCGCUAUACUGGGCCAGACAGAUGCUGCACAUCCCAGUGAUGAAGGGGACACUGGAAGCUCAGUCAGCACAGAGCAGCUCAGCAAGAACAGAAAGAGGAAGAUGAAGAAAAAACGCCACAAAGAGAAAGUCCAAGCUCUUGGAUUGGUGCCUCGAGCAAGAGCUGUUGAAUUCACGUAUGCACAGACAGGAGAUGGAAAUUCAGAGGAGGUGCUCGACUUCCUUAGUUCCACACAGGAGAUCUACCUCUCUGAUCUCAAAUACUCUGGGUCCUGUGUAGAAAGCGGCCCCUCUCUCUCCCUCGCUGCAGCAGAGGCUCUGUUCUCUCGUCUCUCAGGCAGGACGCUGCCCCCUGCUGAGAUCUCUAGGCUGUGUGGACUUAGGGCUGUACUGGUGAAGAAUGAAGGGCAGUUAAAAUCACAGCUGCAAGAAUUCAGACACACAAGCACAUUACCUGCAGAUGAGGUUUCAGUAGUCUGCACACUUAUUGAGUAUUGGCUGGCAGAGAUUCUGCCCAUGCAGAGACAGCCGAGGACGCCCCCAGAUUCAGCGCCUGAGAGGAAAGUGACUGAAAUCUUCAGUCAUGCUGUUUUAUAG